AUGAACAAUACGACACUUUUCCUUUCGGCAUCCUUCAUGCGUAACGACAUGGGAUCAGAACCAACAGGCAGCAAGACCUGGGAGCUGUCUCUGUAUGAACUUCAUAGAACUCCCCAAGAAGCUAUUACAGACAGUACGGAAAUCGCUGUGUCUCCCAGAAGUCUUCAUAGUGAACUAAUGUGUCCCAUCUGUCUAGAUAUGCUCAAGAAUACAAUGACGACUAAGGAAUGUCUGCAUAGGUUCUGCCAAGACUGCAUCAUCACAGCCUUGCGAUCUGGGAAUAAAGAAUGCCCAACAUGCAGAAAAAAGCUUGUGUCCAAGCGCUCCUUGAGGCCUGAUCCCAACUUCGAUGCUUUAAUCUCCAAGAUCUACCCUAGCAGAGAUGAAUAUGAAGCACAUCAAGAAAAACUAUUGGCCAAAGUUAACAAGACCUCAAAUCAAGCUGCCCUUGUGAAUUCAAUUGAGGAGGGCAUGAAGAUUCAAUCACAAAACAGGGUACAGAGACCAAGAAAACUCAAUACAUCUGCAUGUACAACCCCAAGUGGAGAUGGAAGCAGAGCAGGAGGGGAAGAAUCUGGUGCCACUCCAAAUGCAAGUGCUCCCUCUACUCCAACCCCAUCCAUAUCUGGGGAUCAGCACACUUCCACUCCAGGAAGCAGGAAGAAACAAAAACCCAGUUCAGAAACUGAAUCAGUUGCUUCAAACUCUGGCCAGGAAAGUUCAUCUAUAGCAGAGGGUGAAGGUACCAGUGAUGGGUCAAAGUCAAGCCCAAGAGAAUUUGAACUGGCCAUUAAGCCACAUCCUGAAAUGAGUCCUCACCUGAGGGAUUUGAAGAUAAAUGCUGCUAGAUACAUCAAGACCACAGCUAAUGCAACAGUUGAACACGUGAGUGAGUUUCUGAAGAUGCGUAUCCCACUGGACACAAAUUCCUUCCCUGAUAUUCCUACAACUGGAAUGACAUUCCAGAUCUACAUGGCUCCCCAAGGUGCCAGUUUGAUUUGUCUGCCUGAAUCUCUCACAUUGGAUGAGGUUUAUGAGCAUUACUGGAAAAGCAGCCAUCCCAUGGAGCUCUUCUAUCAUCGGGUAGGAGGAAGAACUGUAACAUUGGACCUGCCAUGUAGUCUAUCUGGUGAGGUGGAUCAAUGGGACCUUGGAGGUCAGUGGGUGUGCCAAUCACAGGCAGAUGUCAUGCAGGUCAUUCGUGAUUUCAACCUUGAAACCUAUCCCCAAUUCUCUGAUGGGAUCAAGUUCAUGCAGCUUGGGAAAAGUAACAAGAUCAAGACAUAUUCAGGUGCAAAUGCCUCAAGUGUAUCCAUGUUGUUCCUUCUUGCCUAUGCUAACUGCAGUGGGGGAGUUUCUAAACUCCUCGAAUGUUCUCCUGGCUGUGCCCAAGAAUCACGUCUCAAGGUACGCCUGAAUGAACUGAAGCUCCUUACAUGCCCCAACGUUGGAGCAGUGGAGGGUGGCGGCCAGACUGCGCGUCCAACGAGAGCCCAGCCGGAGGUGGUCCGACGCGUCUCGCAGGUUCAGGUGGAGCCUCCCUGCAGGGCUGGACCCAGCCAGGAGCUCCGAGGACAGCGGCCUCGCCUUCGCAUUGUACCAGUAGUGGCAGGUGUUGAGGGAGGGGGCGUCACGGCCUUCCGUCUGGCACAGAUGAAGGUGCGCCUGAGUAGCGGAGACGCCCAGGUCGAAGUCCAAGAGCAGGCAGUGUCGGAUGUGCACGCGCUUUUCUUCCAUUUUCUCUGUCCAGAGCUCACCGAAGAGGGAGGAGGAGCACAGCAGAUUUCCAAGAAGCUACUUCAGGAAGCACAAGAUAAGAAUGAAGGUCUGAAGCUCCAUCUCAAUCACCCAGUGGUGAAGAUUCAAUCAAUGGAGGAAAAAGUGUUGAUUGAAACAGCAAAUGGCCAAACUUUUGAAGCCAGAUAUGUUGUUUCCACUCUACCACCAAAUCUCCUUCUUAAAGUUGAAUUUGAUCCCCCUCUUACAAAGACCACAAAAUUUGUUUAUGAAAACCUCCCAAUGGGUUAUUUGACAAAGUUCAUUGUCAUAUAUGAGAAAAGAGAAUCAAGAAAGGAGGCUGUGCUGACAGGUCUGAGUAAGUUCUUUGGGGAUGAAGCCUUGAAACCUAUCCACUAUGAAGAAAAGAUAUGGAGAGAGGAUCCUUAUUCUGGGGGUUGUCCCAGCAACUAUGCUCAACCUGGGCCUCUGUCUCACUUCAGAGAUAUUCGUCUUCCAUUUCACAGAGUUCAUUUUGCUGGAACCCACACUGCAACAGAAUGGAAUGGUUAUAUCAGUGGUGCUAUCCAAGCUGGCAAAAGAGCUGCAGUUGAAGUUUUGCAUCGCUUGAUGCCUGGCUCUGUUUCUCAGGAGCUCCUCAAGGGAACUGCCUAUGAUCCCACUCCAUUAAAUUGGAGCCUCUCUUGGUUGAAGUUCCCGGUCUCCAGGGCCGCCCUUAGCUAUUUCGGCGACCUGUGCAAAGACUCCUAA